AUGGCACUUGUAUGCCGCAACAUCGGCAGUGUAAACAAAAAGACGGAUCGCGCCUCAGCAGAUGCCCGAGCAGCGCUUUGGCUCUUGACCUUCAGCGCCGUUGUUCUUCGACUCGAGAUCGUGGCAACGCUCAUUCCCGUGGGACUGUACCUCUUGGCGACAGGCCAAAUCGCUUUCCGGAACGGCGUCAAGACCGGCCUUCUUGCGUCCACAUUCAGCGUCCUGCUUACGACAGUGGUGGACACCUACUUUUGGCAAGAUCUCUCGCAGUCGGAAGCUCGAAACGUCCUCGUUGCAUAUGCUGCUUCUUUGCAAGGAAUCGUGACCAGCAAAAAGUCGUACCCACUGUGGCCGGAGCUACAUGCCAUACUGUUCAACGUGGUCGAAGGCAAAAGUAGCGAGUGGGGAGUCUCACCUUGGCAUGCGUACAUCACUUCUCUCAUCCCCAAGCUACUGGCUUUCACCAGUCCACUUGCCAUUCUCGGAGCGGCCCAGCUCCUUCGACGAGGUUCCGGUACAGCGAUAGAAUCAAGAGCGCGGUUCUUGUUGCUGACAGCCGCCACGCACGUUGGUAUCCUCAGCAUGCUCGGGCACAAGGAGUGGCGCUUCGCCUUCUACAUCUUGCCCGCCCUCAACGUCGUCGCAGCCAUCGGCGCUAGCACGCUCGUACGCUCGAUCUCCGGAAAGGCCAUCGUUGCAGCGCUCAUAUUCCUGCAAGUGGCUCUGAGCUGGUUCACCGGCUACUUGAGUGCCAUCAACUAUCCCGGUGGGGAAGCGCUCAAAGCGCUGCACGAACACAUCGAGUCUGGUCGCGAUCAUGUCAGUAGCGGUCGAGUCAUCAUUCACGUUGACGUGCUGCCGGCCAUGACUGGCGUCACUUUGUUCCAGUCGACACAUCUGGACCGCACACGAGCCAACGGAACUCGGCUCGACCCCUUCGCCGGGGUCUUGCCAGCGUCAUGCGAGUCCAAACAGUGCUGGGUGUACGACAAGACCGAAGAUCUUCCUCGAUCCGGUCCGGAGGCAGCACGAGCUUGGUCCACAUACACGCACCUCGUCACUGAAGCGCCAGACUGCCGUGUCUUGCGGACCCAAUCGGGCGACGUGCUGGCAGCAUCGCGGCAGCCGUUCGAACCGAUCGCGCCUCCAAUAUCGUCGUUCAGCGGUCUGCGUCGCAAGUCUGCCUCGCAGAUCAAGACCGACUUGCUUGGCCUGCCGAAGGCCAUCGCAUCAGCUCUUCGAGGUCACGGCAACCUGGACUCUGUCAUGCGCCUUGGAUUGCCCGUCGUCACCGUAGAAGAGCCCGCUGUCUGGCUGUGUCGUCGCAAGGUCGAGAUCUCCUAG